AUGGGGCAGCCGGGGGUCCUGGACCUGGGGGGGCUGAAAACCCCCCGGGGGCUGCUGCUGGCAGGGGAACUGGUGCUCUCCGGGGGGGUUCUGGCCCUCCUGGCCCCCCCCGCCCCCCCCACCUUGGCCCCCGCUCUGCUGCAGACCCUGGGGGGGGCAGCGGCCCUGGGGGGGCUCCUGCUGAGGGACCCCCCGAGACUGCCCCCAGGUUAUGGCACCUGUCUGGACCUGCUCCGGGCCAUCAGUGGCACCCUCAUCUUCCUCGUGGUGGCCCUGGUGGCCUUGGCCUCGUCCCGUGAUGCCCUGGCUGCCACCACCUUCACCUUCGGCCUCGUGCUCGCCUUGGUCUUCGCCUUCGACACCUUCGUCACCUUCCGCACACGGGUGGCCCCGGCGCUGGGACAGGGUGAGGGACAUCCCGACAUGGAGGGCGCCUGA